CCUAGCAACAGGAACCAUGUGGAGGUUCUCAGAAAGCUCUCGUUCUCCCGUUUUCUUUCGACUUAGUGCCUUUUGCACGGCAUCUCUUGAACAGAGGAACUCGAAAACUGGGCAUGAAACUGCAGCCAGCCUUUUUGAAAAACAACUUACUCUACCCAGCAAACAGCACCAGCUUGAGAAGGCAGAUGUUCUGCAGUCAAAGUGAGACGAGGGGUGAAAAAAACCCUAUGAUGCUAGCUGCUUCAGCACACAGCAACACUCAAAAGAAACCUAUGUAUUGAAUGAAAUUAGUGGACAAUUGGCACGAACUUGCUUCUCUUCAGCCUCCUCCUCCUCAACUGAAAUCUAUGGGGCAGAGCUGAUCCCUUCCCUCCUAUGCCCCCAUCACCCAAAUUUCUUCUUCUGAUGUCCCGGGACUUCAGCAAUGGCAACAAUUGUGUAGUAACCUUUCAGUGCUCAUUUCGAAAUUGUAGGCCCAAGUUAUUCCACUUCAUCUAAGAGUAUAAAUAUUGCUACUUUGAAAGUGCCUGCAAAAAUAAAAAUGAACAAAAUUUGGUGAUUUCACGAAGAAUUCCCAUAUAUUUCUAAUGACUUGACUCAGCAAGUUCAACCCCACAUAUAUCCCGGUGCUAGAGCCGUACCGGCUUUCUGCACAGGAACUGCCGCGUGAAAUAUGACUCAGCAAAUGCAGAGCCUGCAGCUUUCCCAGUCGAAAAAGAACAAUCCCCCGUCUUCUCCCAACGCCGCUAAGCGACUCUAUCGGAACCUCUCAGAGAAGCUGAAGGGAAGCCACUCGUCUUUCGAUGAGGCCUAUUUCAGAGCCAGAUCAGACCGCCUCAGUCUCCGAAAGUCUUCAAUGAACUUUCAGUGCUGUGAAGCCGUGCUGGAAGCUGUGGAGCAGCAAGACCUGGACGCUGUCCAGAUUCUCCUCUAUCAAUACACACCCGAGGAGCUGGAUCUCAACACUCCUAACAGCGAGGGGCUAACUGCGCUGGACAUCGCCAUCCUGACAAAUAAUGUGCCUAUUGCCAAGAUUCUUUUGAAGGCUGGGGCAAAGGAGAGUCCUCACUUUGUCAGCAUGGAAAGCAGGUCGCUCCAUCUGAGCAGCUUAGUUCAAGAGGCCCAGCAACGAGUCAGCGAUCUGUCUGCAGAAGUAAUGAAUGAAGGGCUCAGCACAGACAGCUCCGAGAAGGAGAAGCAGCUGAAGUCCUGGGAGUGGAGACACCGACUCUACAAGCGCAUGAAAUCGGGCUAUGAACAUUCCAGAGCCCCCGAGGCACCGACCAACGUCUGCCUCAUGGUGACAAGCAGCACAUCACUCACUGUCACUUUCCAAGAACCUCAUAGCAUGAACUCAGCAGUGGUGACCAAAUAUAAAGCGGAAUGGAGCUAUUCAGAAGACUUUUCUCCUUUGGCUGGGGAAAUCAUCACGGAUAACCUUCAGUCUAUGAGGUGCACCAUCACCGGCCUCACCAUGGGCCGAAUCUAUUAUGUCCGAGUUUAUGCUUAUAACAUGAAAGGCUGGGGGCAGCCUCAGACUUCCACGCCCCCCUGUGCUUCUCCUUCAAACUGGAAAGACUACGAUGGCCGAGAGCCUAGGCACAGGGGACAGGUCGAGGCUCUGGAACGUUUGCUGCAGCAGGUUAGGGCAUCUCGUCCGAGUUACAGUUGCCGAGAUAGUUCUAAAUUGCAGAACGCAGGUCGCAAGCAAUCUGUCUCAAGAAGCCUGAAGCACCUCUUCCAUUCUUCAAACAAGUUUGUGAAGACUUUGAAAAGAGGGCUCUAUUUAGCUGUGAUAUUUUAUUACAAAGACAAUAUGUUGGUCACCAACGAAGAUCAGAUCCCGAUUGUGGAAAUCGAUGAUUCUCACGCCAGUUCCAUUAUGCAAGAUUUCCUCUGGUUCACAAAGCUUUCUUGUAUGUGGGAUGAUAUCAGGUGGCUGAGACAAAACAUGUCUGUCUCCGUGUCAUCAUCCACCGCCCUCCAAGCCAGGCAGAAAAUGCUCUCUGCAACGGCCCAGUUACAGAAUCUGCUUGGUACACACAACUUGGGCCGAGUCUACUAUGAACCAAUCAAGGACCGGCAUGGCAAUAUCAUCAUAGUUACAAUAAGAGAAGUGGAGACUCUGUAUUCCUUUUUUAAUGGCAAGUGGAUGCAGAUAUCCAAACUACAAAGCCAGAGGAAAUCCCUUUCAACACCGGAAGAGCCAGUUGCAUUGGACAUCUUGCUCAUCACAAUCCAGGACACUCUUUCCUAUCACAGAAGGAGCCAACAGCGCCUGGCUCCUGGCCUCUAUUUAGGCUACCUGAAACUCUGCAGCUCGGUGGACCAGAUAAAAGUCCUGGUGCUGCAAAAGCUGCCCAACAUUCUUUGUCAUGUUAAAAUCCGAGACAACAGCAAUGUGUCCAGAGAGGAGUGGGAAUGGAUCCAAAGUCUUUCUGGCUCGGAAUCUAUGGAAAAUAUGGAUCAUUCCGCAGAGUGUCCAACUCAACUGUUCGUGGAGCUCCAGAUGGCAGUGAAAGCUCUCCUGAAACAGAUCAGUCUUCCUCUACGACAGGCUAAGCUCUUCCGUCUGUAUACACAGGAGGUGUUGGAACUGGGUCACAAUGUGUCCUUUCUUCUCCUGCUCCCUGCCUCAGACGACGUCUGCACUGCCCCAGGACAGAAUAACCCUUACACCCCGCACUCAGGAUUCCUUAACCUCCCUCUUCAGAUGUUUGAACUCGUUCAUUUUUGCAGUUACAAGGAGAAAUUUAUUAGUCUGUAUUGCCGCCUUUCCGCUGUCAUAGAGCUAGAUUUUCUGAGCACCCAGCAAUCCCUAAGGGAAGCAAUUUCAGACAGUGAAGUCGCUGCAGCUAAACAAAGACACCAGCAAGUCCUAGAUUACACACAGCAAAUCGAUGAAAUCUGGCGUGAAAUGAGAUGGAUCAAUGAAGCACUACAAUACGCACGGUACAGACAGCCGCCUGCCGGCUUGCCGGUAGCAAAGAUUGUGGAUCUGUCAGAAGAACCCAUCCAAAAGAAGAUAAGUUCAACAUCGUCUCACCUCGAUUGUCUUCCAUCCCCGCCACCCUCGCCAGAGAUGGAGACCCACCGGAGAAAAGUCUUGAGCGACUCCCAGCCGUACUCGGAUGAAGAAGGCUGCUCGGAAGUUUUCCUUCCAACCGACAGCGACUACGACUCUAGCGAUGCUUUGAGCCCGAGGGAGCUGGAUUUGGUCUAUUCGUCCUCGCAGGACAUAUCCCACCAGGCCGUGAGCUGCCUGAGUGGCAGCGCGCCGGACGUUCUCCAGAUCCACGACAUCAAGCCUUGCUUGACUCCCAAACAGAACUUGAGAGGGGGCGAUACCUUGGAGGCUGACGUCGAUCAGUCCAAAGAGCACCUGCAAAGCCUGUCGCUGGGAGGAGGGCUUUCCCCGAAAUGCACGGAAAAGUCAGCCAGCUUGAGGCAACCCUUGAGCUUCUUGGGCAAGAAGAAACACGGAAAGCAUCAGCACUCCAGCUACUUCAGCCGGCACCAUCGCUGGCUGCGCGUUCACAGCGAGAGCCAGUCCAUCUCCCUCUCCGAAGGUCUGUAUACUCCACAUCUCACACGAGCUAUGGAGUUCUCGCAAGAGCCUACCUCUGGCAGCGAGCAGAUAAGCAUCUCCAUCGACUGUCCGCGCAGCACGUUCUUACCUCACGCUACGAGCCUCCCGGAAGAAGGGAAAGGCAAAUACCAGGAACUGAGGCCAAGCAUCCGCAGGAUAUAUGUGGAGUCGUACGGCACCGGCGAGGAUGGUAAAUCCUGGGCGCUAGGCAGCCGGCCGGUGGAACAUGAAGAUUUGCACAUUUCCACAGGCCGGCGAAUGGUUCCAGAAGAUCAGUCCAGUUCCAACACGGCUGAGGUAUACAGCAGCGAUCUUUAAGGCUGUGCAGUGGCUCUGUUCCCCCUCAAUACUGCCUUCAGGAUGUGGUCGCAAUUAUUGCAAAUGGAGGAAGAGAGAGGUCUCGCUUCAAAGCAACCUUUGCAUUCUCGUCUUUGCCAGAUGCAGUUCAGAUUUACCAUGCAUUUCUGAGGUGCAGCAUGAAAAAUGGGUUUGUCUCUUGGAAACAUGCAUGCCUGUGCAACCAUCUUGAAAACAGGGAGGCUGACCCCAGAUGGUUAAGGGUUUUCCUGUGCUUUUAAUAGGGCAGGGAGAAAGGUUAUCCAAUGAGCUUUCUUUUCCCCAUGUGCAAAAGUGGCUUUCAUGGAAAUGAAAAACAUUCAUGUCCCAAGAUAAUGGGCUUUCGAUUAUACUCAGAGAAGAGCUGCUUAAAUUAAUGGGCCUAAGUUGGCCAGAUCCAUUAAUUUCAAUGGGUCUGCUUUGAAUAGGGUUAAUGUUGGAUACAGCUCCAUUUGCUGCCUGAGGAGGAACAGCAGCAAUGUGAGCCAAACACACAUUAUUAUUAUUAUUAUUAUUAUUAUUAUUAUUAUUAUUAUUAACAUUUAUAUACUGCCCUAUACCCACAGGUCUCCAUUUACUCCUCCAUUUGCUCCACCGCUUUCCCACAAGAAAACCCAGUAUUUCGCGCCAAAUUGGAACAAACGGCAGUUGGGUUUUCUGCAGAUCGCCGUUUAUUCCUAUUUAUCGCUAAAGAGUGGGUUUUCCGGGGGAGGGGGCAGCAAGGCAAAGGCAAAACCACUCAGACACAUGCACAGAAAGUGUGGGAGAAGCAGAAAACUCCUCAGGCCUGUGCUUUCCAGACACAGGAGAAAUAGACAGGUGGAUGAGCAUGGUGUGUAAUGUGCAAGGCCAGUUGAUUUAUUUUGGCACCUGAAACUGAAAAAUCCAGAGCCUUUUCCCCUCCCUGGCAUAACAAUAAAUUAAAUGGCUAGCUCACCCAAAAUCAGCUGCCUAAGACAGUCACUUCACUUGGCUUCAUGGUAGUGUUUAUCCUGCAAGAAAAAAAGGGGGAGUGAGAGCUCUCUCUUUUUGCCUUCUUUCUUACUCCUAGUGUUCCCAGCCCCAAUCAACUGCUGAUUGGCUGCCAUUUUUUGUUUCAAGGUUACUCUUCUUUCCUAACCAAAGUGUUGCGCCAUCACGUAGCAAAUCAGAUUUGGGCUGUGUGAUGUCCCAGAGCAUCAUUCAGCAGGAGGGCAACUCACGCGGCGCAGAUAGCAUUUGAUGGUGUCAGUGACCUCAUUGUGUGGCCCAAUAUGAUUGGCUACAGGACAUGGUCAUUGGUGUUAGGACAGAAAAAGCUGGCUUGAAGAAAAAACCGGUGCCAGCGGGGCAGCCGAUUGGUGCUACGAAGUGGCACACCAAGGGAAUGGGGAUAAAGAGGGGUGCCCGUUUUGAGCUGGGGGGGGGAGAUUUGUUCUGCCGUCAGUCUGCCCCCAUAGGGUGGGUGGGAGGAAUCACACACAAAGAUCUCCCCAAACAUUCAUUGGGAAAGGUAGUGCUUUGGGGAGAGGGCAAUAAAACUGUCGCACAAAGCAUUCCUAACUAAGCCCUAACUUUUGAUAUUUGCAUGUCUGGGAGCAGCUGUAGAGGGAGAGGAAUUCCUUCGGGUCAUAGCUACUCUAUGGUAUUCAGCUAGCUGUUGCUGCAGAUGAUUUUCUCCACCUUACAAGUCUACCAUUCCCAAAGGUCUUUGUGGAGAACCAGGACAGUUAAAAGCGAUAGAGAAUUGAAAGAGGUUUGCAAUCUACAUAUUGCUUCUGCGAAGGGGUAGCAUUGGCAAUUCUGUUUGUAGGAUGCCUGCGAGCUUCUCCUUCGCAUCUCAAAAGGGGUUUGUUAGGCAAUGGGGUUUGAUGGCUUAUUCCCAUAAAACAGGCAGGAUAAGAGACAUGAUUUUUCUCGCCGACCUGGGACCAAUCCCGAAGACUGACGUGUUGUAUUCUCUAUGGCGUUGGAGCAAAAGGCAUUUUGAAAACCACGAUUCUUAACCUCCAUAGUUUGCCCUCAUUUAUUAUAGUAGAAACUGCAGAGGCCAAACUUUAAAAUAUAAGUGUACCUCAAAACUCAUGCCCAAGUUCGUACAAGAUUCUAGCUGCUGUGUGGCCCCACACAGAAACCCAGUGGGCACAGUGACCUUGGUCCAAAAUUCUCGCUCUACACCCCUGGAAAUCUGAGCUUUAACUCAUUAUUACAUAGGACAUUUUGGAUCAUGAAGCAAUCUAUGAAGUGAAAUGAAGGGUGAAAUUAAUCUCAGUUAAGUCUCUGUACUAAGCUGAAAAUAGAGGGAAACUAUCUAAUAAUGUUCAUUUCGGAAUUACAAACUAAUCUUCCACGGUAAAAACAAGCCAAAAACCUGGAUCUUUUAGCCAAAUUAACACCACCUCCAUUCCCAAACAACUUGUGUGUCCCCCCUCCUGCCCUCCCCAUUUUGCUGAUGUUAUAGUUACUGUACAAACAAAAGAUGACAUUUUCAUUUUAUUCCGUUUCAUUUUAAUACAGUGGCCUCGUCUGGAUGACACAUUUAAAGCUGCAUCGUACCACUUUAAACAGUCAUUGCCUCCUUCAAAGAAUCCUGAGAACUGUGGUUUGUUAAGGGGGUGCUGUGAGAAGGAGACCCUAGAGAGCCUGGGUAUUGUAGACAGGGAACUCCGGGAACUGUAGUUCUGGGGGGGAUUGGGGGUCCCAACUCUCAGCACCCUUUACAAACUACAGCUCCCGGGAUAUUUGCAGGGAAAACACGACUGUUGAAAGUGAUAUGGUUCUGCUUUAAAUACAGGUGGCCCUGCAUCUUGCAUAAACUUCUUUAAAGACCAGGCUUCACCUAGGGCUGAUGUUAGCACUUUUUGAGAGAGUGGAAGCUAUCGUUAUAGAAACAUUGCUGUGCGUAGUAUGCCAGUUUCUUUUGGCCCAUUGGUACUGGUCGUACAGGUCUUGGAGGCUUCUGAGCUAUCACAAACCUCGACCCCUUGUUAACCAGAGAUUACGGUAUGAUGAAUGAACGCAGCACUUCUGAUGCUGUUGGACUGCAGUUCCCAUUAUCCAUUCCCACUGGCCAUACUGACUGCAGCUGAUGGGAGCUGGAGUCUGAAGAGCUACCGUUUCUCCUUUGUACAAACGGUACUGUUGGUUUUAUCACCAAAUUAU